UCUCCCUUUCUGCCCAGGGAAGGGAGUAUUGGGCUGGGCACCCAAUGUCCCCACUCCCCUCUAGCACCAGCCUUAUCCUGGAUCAUAUGGACUCCUUCUAGCAAGUCAAACAGUUGGACUAUACGAUGGAUGGAAGUCUAUGUGGAUUUAAGUGGAAUAGUGCAUUGGUUAUGCAGCAUAGUUCAGAGUUCACUAGCAUGCACUGGACUCAUCAGGAGAAGACAGAAGACAAGUUGGUCCACAAACUAGCAGGGACACAGCUCCAUUAAUGCUGUGGAAACACUUGAAGAAUGAUGAGCUCCAAAGAGGAGGAAACUCUCCGUUUUUUCCAGUAUGUUGAGGAGAAUGGGCUGAGAGCCUACAACGGCCUAGUGGCUCAGAACCUGGACCACACCAGGAAUGAGAAAAAUAGGACAUUCCUGCAGGAGAAAAACGACAAGAAGAGAAAACAGGAGGAAGCCAUAAGGAGGACAGGUGAGGACAUUGCAACUGAAGGCAAGCACUUACGUAUGGGCUCUAUUACCAUGCCGGACCCCCAGGAACGCAUGCCCAUGCCCCACCCGCACGCCCUCGCCUGUGGGCAGGGCUUCUCCGUGCGCUCCCAGUCCCUCCACUCUGUCGGCGGUGGGAACAGUGGGGGCGGAGGAGACGAGGAGGUAGGGAGCCCGACCUCUAGGAAGCAGCCCCCACCCAAGCCCAGGAGAGACCCGGCCACCAAGCUGAGCAUGUCGUCUGAGGCGGUGGACCACAGUCCCACGUCCACCUGCCGCGGGGAGCGAUGUGACGGAGCUCAAGGAUGCAGUGAGGACUGCAGGCGGAUGCCUCCACCCAAACCCAAGAGGAACCCCAACACGCAACUGAGCGUUUCCUUCGAUGACUCCUUCAUCAAGAGCCACGGUGGGGUUUGCAGAGCCCUCCACCACGUCACCUCCCCUUAUGAACUCAGCCAAUCGCCUCCGCAGAGUGACGAGAGCCCUACAGACGACUGCGAAGAUGAACCUGUCUACAUAGAGAUGGGUGGCGUUGAUGUCGGAGCACGAGAACCCCUGAAGAGUGAGGACGAGGAGCCGGGAGAGUCUGUGUACGAGGAGAUGAAGUACCCAGUUCUUGAUGAUAUGGAGUACCGCACUGACCCUGUGGGAUGCCGCUCCGCGUGCCCCACCCCGGCCCCCUAUGACCCUGAACCUCUCAGUCGCUGCUCGACACCUCGAAACAUUCCACUCUGUGACAUUCCUGCACCCUUUCCCAAUUUGCUCACCCAUCGGCCUCCUUUGCUGGUGUUCCCACCGGCGCCGGCUCAGUGCUCGCCUAACUCAGACGAGUCCCCCCUCACCCCUCUAGAUGUAAACAAAUUGCCAAUGAUGGACAACCAAUCCUACAGUAAAUCUCCAACAUCAUCCAGCGAGCAACCUUCCUCUGCUCACCUCCGCAGGGAGCUCACCGCCACCCCGACCCUCACCAUCUCUGGCCGCUCUUCUGCGCCUCCUCUUCCCUGUACCCUCUACAAAUCCUCCUCCUCGUCCUCCUAUCAGCGCAGCCACUCUGCUUGCCCAUCACCGGUCAGCAUGGGCCGCUGUCUCACCCCUCUCAGCCUCAUGCGUACACCUCCCUUCGAUGCUCCGAUGCCGUUCCCCGGGGGGCUGCCGCGGAGCGCCUCGGCCACCCCUCACGGCAAAGGCUCCCCACCUCAGGACGGUGGGGGCCGACUCCAUGGCUCUAUGCAGAAUGUGUCGACAGGGCGAUCACGGACCCCCACCAGCCCACUGGACGAACUUACCAACCUGUUCACAACUGGGAGGAACAUGCUGAAGAAGAACGCCAGUGGCAGGAAGUCUAAAGAGCCUGGAGAGACUGAGUCCAAAAGCAAAUCUCACAGCGAGUCCAAGCGCGAGGGCAAGGAGCGCCACAGCCACAGCAAGGAGUCCAAACGAGAGUCCAAGGAUCGCCACAGCAAAGAGUCUUCUCACCGGAAAGACCGGGAAAAAGACAGAGACAAAGACCGGGACAAAGACAGAGAUAAAGAAAGACAAAAAGACAGUGACAAAGACAGAGAUAAAGACAGACGAAAAGACAAAGACAGAGAUAAAGACAGACAGAAAGACAGAGACAAAGACAGACAGAAAGACAGAGACAAAGACAGACAAAAAGACAGAGACAAAGAAAGAGACAGAGAUAAGGACAGAGGGAGCAGCAAUGCAGAGCCCCUUCCCCCCAGACGCAACAGUAAAGACCGUACGUAUAGCGGUUCAGAGGCGCCACCGGGCCGCAGGGACAGCAGGGACCAGGGCUGCAGCAGUGUGGAGCCCAUCCCUCUGAUAAGAAGGGACUCCAAGGACCGAGGGCUCAGCAAUGGUGACCUAAUGCUGAGGAGAGACAGUAAAGAUCGGGGUGGGGGACACGCGAUGGAGUCUUUGAUGAGACAGGACAGCAAGGACAGACUGCUCGAUCAGCCCCCUGAGCUGUUACCAAAACAAGAGAGCAAGGAAAGGUCAAGAAACGGUGUGGACGGUAGACAUGAAAGCAGAGAGAGACUGCUGGAUCAGCCGCCUGAGCUCUUACCACGACAGGAUAGCAAAGAGAGAGACAGGAACGGUGUGGACUCAAAGCAUGAAAGCAGAGACAAGCCGCCUGAGCUUCUCCCUCGACAAGAGAUCAAAGACAGAGCUAGAACUGCAGCAGAAUAUAGGCAUGAAAGCAAAGACCACCGUCCUGAUUUGUUACCCCCACAGGAAUUCAAAGAGAGAGCAAGAAAUGAAAUUGAACAUAGACAUGAAGGUAGAAUAGAUCAGCCGCCUGAGAUCCUACCCCGACAAGAAACAUCCAGAAGCAGCAACAGCAAGGACAGGGUUGGAUUCCCCUCUGAAGCUAAGCAUGAUGGGAGAGAUCGGAGCUGCCACAACGGGGGAGAUCUCCCCCCUCCUCUUCUGCCCAGGGAGGACAGUAAGGAUCUGAACAGAACUGGUCUGGAAGUGAGACGGGACAGCAAAGACAGAAGUCCAACUGGCUCAGAGCAGCAUCAUUACGAUGUCAAAAAGAGCCCUUCUGCCAAGGGACAGUGCGACAGUAAAGAGCGAGGACACAGAUCAGAUGGCACGCCCAGACGAGAGAACAGAUCAAACUACAGCACGGACCAAUCAAAAGCACAAGAGAGGAACGGCAGCACAAUGUCAGGGCAGCACUCAUCCACAACGACACCUACUCACCACGGGAGACCCUCUGGUAGCCCACCAAUGCCCACGGGAACAGGAAACGAUCUGAAAGCAGUACCUAAGUAUUGCCGCUCACCUUCUAUGCCUGCUAACCCCUCCCCAAUGGGAACUCCACAGAGGAAAGCAGCAGAGGCACAUCAGAGUCAGAUGCCCCAGAUGCCAUGGAUCUGUGGAGACAGCACCAUGCUUGAGCAGAUUGAGAGGAAACGCACCCUCUGCAUGGAGAUCCGCUCCAAACAACACCCACACCUGCAGAGAUCUCUGGAGAGGCCUCCUCCUGCGGACAGGAGCGAGGACAAGCCCCAGGAGAAGAGUCAGUGCAAGCAGCAAAAUGCAUCUGUCCCCCCAGGCUGGGGGAAGAGCAGCGGGGCCAAGAAGAUCCGUCCUCCCCCUUACCCCACACAGAAAACCGUAUUCUGGGACACGGCCAUCUGACAGUAACACUCAGACCUCCCUGCCACACAACCCCCUAUUACCCUCUUUCCCCUGGGCUGUGCUGACUCUUCAGGGGCGUCAGGACAGUCAAUAAGAGCACCCGGGGUGAGACUCGCUGAUGUCAAAGGACAAUGGUGGUUACCAUAGCAAUAUUUCUGCUCGUUCAGGUUGUCAUGUUUUCUUAUCAUCACUGGUGAUAUUUGCUAUUUUUCUAUUUCCUGUGACUGGAUUCUUGUAAUAUAAUUAGUAGAAUAGAUAUUUGAUGAAUAGAUAUUUUCUAAAUGAGAUGGGGAUUAAAAAAGCAUCUUAAAUUAUGUAAAGUAGAUGUAGAUGCAAUCUAAUGUUUGUUUUUUGUUAUUUUUGUUUUGGUUAUUUUACAUUUGAAAGCAUAAUCUAUCAAUACUUGUACUGUAGUAGCAUAAUUUUCUUAUGCCCAACUCUUUCUUUAGUGCUCCAAAGCACAAAACUGAAUGGACUAUUCAACUCUGUCUAUAUAUACUUUACAUUUUCACUGUUGUAUUGUAAGUUGAGGAGUUAACGUCAACGUGCUUUAGAUUCCAGCGCCCUCCAUGCCUGGUGCAGUACACUUUGUUUUAGAAUGUACAACAGUUGGUCCUAGAACAGAAACAGGAAACGUUGUGUGCUUCAGUUUGUAUAUUACAGUAAGAAGCUGUGUAGUCACUAUACAUCAGAGCCUUUCAAAGGGGUUGAAUCAUUUUAUAAGAAAACCUGUUGGCUGGCAUGUUGUAGAGGACAGAUAAAGUGCUGUUUUUCUAAGAUACGCUAUGAGGGUGGGUUGGGGAGGUAGUAAAUUAGAACAUACAUUAUUAACAGUAUAAUUUCCAAAACCAGCCAAAGCCUGUUAAAGCGAGAUAUUGGUGUGGUUGCACUUUGGACGGUUGUUUUUUUGAAAAAGGGUUUGGGGCAAUAGCUGGCGAGUACUAGCGCCCUUUACUUUGCCAUGCACACUGCGAGCACCAUGACACAGUGUAAAUACUUGAUGCCAACGACCAGCCCAGUACAAUCAACACCUGAGCUUUUAGAACAGUUCUUCAUUUUACUGCAGAUUAUAAUAGCCAUAUGCACUUGCUUAAGAAAUAACUUUCAAGAUUAUGCUUAUAUAUAUAUUUUUGAAAAUGUUAACGAUAGCUGUGCCAUGUUAAGUUUUUAAUUUAUUGGCUGGGAGUGACACGCAGUCAUCUGUGAUUGGUUGACAAUAUUCCCAAUUCAAUUGGCUGGCAACCGUUUUAGAGAUUGAGUCGUUUAAGGACCUAUAACAUGGCAACAGCUCUACCCAGUCAAGCAGACAGGGGUUGCACAACGGCCUACAAAUCGUUGAGGCUUUGUAAAAACGAAAUACAAUCUGCACUACCCAUCAUAUUCCAUCACAUUUAAUCAGGCUGAUAACAUACAUUUCCCUCUCCCCCUGCUCUCUCCCUCUACCUCAACCUCCUACUUACAUCACCCAAAUUGGUUCUCGUUAGCACAUUAAAUGCAAUGUCGACAUUGCCAAAAUAGUGUGGGUUUGACAAAUGAGCUAGCCCUCAGAGUGCAAGUGCAGUACCCCCUCACUGGUGCGAAUCAAAGCUGCAGAGGUCCCUCUGUGUUGUACCUGUGUGUGUGUGGUGU